GCUCCCCACAAGGCGGGUAGGAGGGGCCGGGGCGAAAGUUGGGGGCACGGGAGCCGGCGGCCGGGGCCAUGGAGCCAGGACCGGCGGUGUCCCCCGGGCCUUACCGCUCCUUCAAGGAGGAGCUGCUCUGUGCCGUCUGCUACGACCCCUUCCGCGACGCCGUGACUCUGCGCUGUGGCCACAACUUCUGCCGCAGCUGCGUGACCCGCUGCUGGGAGGUGCAGGUGGCGCCCACCUGCCCGGUGUGCAAGGACCGCGCAGCCCCCGCCGACCUGCGCACCAACCACACCCUCAACAACCUGGUGGAGAAGCUGCUGCGCGAGGAGGCCGAGGGCGCGCGCUGGACCGGCCACCGCUCCCCGCGCCUCUGCCGCCUGCACCGCGGCCCGUUCAACCUCUUCUGCCUCGACGACAAGGAGCUGCUGUGCUGCUCGUGCCAGGCCGACCCCCGGCACCAGGGCCACCGCGUCCAGCCAGUGAAGGACACUGCUCACGACUUUCGGGCCAAGUGCAGGAACAUGGAGCACACGCUUAGGGAGAAAGCCAAGGCCUUCUGGGCCAUGCGGCGCUCCUGCGAGGCCAUCGCCAAACACAAUCAGGUGGAGGCUGCCUGGCUGGAAGGGCGAAUCCGGCAGGAGUUUGAUAAGCUUCGAGAGUUCUUGAGAUUGGAGGAGCAGGCCAUCCUGGAUGCUGUGGCCGAGGAGGCGAGGCAGAAGCAGCUUCUGGCCGAGGAGAAGAUGAAGCGGCUCACGGAAGACACAGAGGCUCUGGCCCAUGAGAUUGAGCGGCUGCAGAUGGAGAUGAAGGAAGAUGAUGUUUCUUUUCUCAUGAAACACAAGAGCCGAAAACGCCGCCUCUUUUGCACCAUGGAGCCAGAUCCCGUCCAGCCGGGCAUGCUCAUCGAUGUCUGCAAGUACCUGGACUCCCUACAGUACCGCGUCUGGAGGAAGAUGGUCAUGUCUGUUGAGUCUGUGCCCUUCAGCUUUGAUCCCAACACCGCUGCUGGCUGGCUCUCUGUGUCCGAUGACCUCACCAGCGUCACCAACCACGGCUACCGAGUCCAGGUGGAGAACCCGGAGCGCUUCUCCUCGGCGCCUUGCCUGCUGGGCUCCCGCACCUUCUCCCAAGGCUCCCACGCCUGGGAGGUGGACCUGGCUGGGCUGCCAAGCUGGCGGGUGGGUGUGGUGCGGACCCGCCAGGACGCGGGCGCUGAGGGCCACUCGCACAGCUGCUACCAUGACACCCGCUCGGGCUUCUGGUACGUGUGCCGCACGCAGGGGGUGGAGGGGGACCACUGUGUGACCUCGGACCCCGCCACAUCGCCGCUGGUCCCGACCAUUCCGCGCCGCCUGCGCGUGGAGCUGGAGUGUGAGGAGGGCGAGCUGUCCUUCUACGACGCGGAGCGCCACUGCCACCUCUACACCUUCCACGCCCGCUUCGGGGAGGUGCGGCCCUACUUCUACCUGGGGGGCGCGCGGGGGGGUGGGCCCCCUGAGCCUCUGCGCAUCUGCCCCCUGCACAUCACUGUCAAGGAGGAGCUGGACGGCUGAGGCUGGCCCCAAGUUGCUGGACACUGCCCAGUCUUGUGCCAUGGUGCCCUUUUCUUUCUGUCCCUCUUCCUAAAGCCACACUCGCCUUGGUACCUCUCUACUGCCUGCCUUCCUGCCGAGUCAUCCUGCUGACCUGUCUCGUCCUCUUCCAUGGCUCCAGGCCCCAAGCCUCCUUUACUUUUGGUCCCUUCUCUACCCACAGUUGAAAGUCAUCCAGGAGACAGCUUGCUGGCCAGGCUCUCCCCAGAGUUGUGGCACCUUUAGGAUGUGAAUUUUCUGAAUCUUAACUCCAGGAUUUCUGAGGAUAAUGUUUGCUUCUAGAAUGGGCCUGUUUUAAAAUGUAGGUUUUAUUGUUAUCCAGGUGGGGUGAGGCCAGCAGACCAGGAGACAGCUGCCAUUGAAAAAGUAGUUUGCUAGAAUUACCAAGAGGAGGGGCCGUGCCAUGGGGGAGCCACAUGGGGAAGUACCAGGCUUGGUCAGGAGGCAGAGGGAGUGAGGGGAAGGCAGGGGCCGGAGACUUUAUUGUGGUUUUCGUGGGAAGGAACAGGCAAGGCAGGAUGCAGGGUAGACAGCUUUCGGAUCAGCAAGUUUGAAUAAUUUUGGUGGGCUCUGGGGCAUAGGGGCUGCCCCUAGUUGUCUGGUACCCGGCCCUGGGGGGAUUGGGACGGGGCUAUUGGCCUGGAGUGUAGAAGCCCUGGGAGAGAUGAAGGAGGUGGUUGGGGGAUAGCUCUGGGUUUGCAUCUGAAAGCUGGGCUCACAGGGGAGUUGUUUGCUCUCUCCAGGAAUUAGCUAGCCCGGGAGGGGCAGUUUCCUCUCCAUCAGUGAGGCCCCAGAUGCCAGAGCAUCAGAACUACAGAAAAUAGGAAAAUAUAGUUAAUACCGGGCUGCUGCCCUGGCUUCGGGGCAGGACCCAGGGCUUGGCUUGUCUCUCACUUUACACCACUAUUUUAAAGCUGCUCCACAGAGCCUCUGGGGGCCCACACGGCAGAGGCAGGCUGUCCUUCCCAUCAGCUCUAAUUUAUCUAUUUACUCUUCUUGAAUGAUUUCACUUAAAAGACACAAUUUUAAAAACCAUAGUUUAGACCCAUUCCCUCUCUUGAGUCUCAGUUUCCUCAUCCGUAAAUGAGAUAGUAGGGCUGGAAAAUGAUGUCCUUCUGUAAUUGCUGUGGCGGAAAUUCCUCUGAUUCAUUCUUAUAAAGGUAUGAGAAGGGAAGGAAAGAGGGACCCUUUUUCAGUUAGGAAGGAAGGAAAGGGAUGCAGUCUGGGGUUUUGGGGGUGGCGCCCUCAGGGAGACACUGGCGCUCACGGCCUUUCCUGCCCUCUAGUCUUUGCCGACCUCAGGCUGCUCAUUCUUGCUCUGCUGCCUUUUGUGUUUUCAUCCUGAUUUCUCCCUCCACCAUGCCCACAGGCUUGGAUCUGCACCUUUUCUUCUCCACACAUGCCUACAGUAGUUUUUAAUUGUCAGCUCGCCGUGUCCAGGGAACAGCAUGUUGAAAGGAAGUAUUUUCCUGUAGGAGUGGUAUUCUAAUCCGGGGCACAGUCCUGAGCAAAGGCUCACAUCCUUUCUCCUGCCUAUGCCCCCAGUUUACAGAAAUAGACAUUUUAAACAGAAAUGAUGAUUCAAAACUAUAAAUUGGUUAUAAAUGUGAUAUGUACAUUGGUAGGGGCCACGGGGAGGCGCUCAGACUCAAAAACACUUUAAGGCACGUUGGAGCCAAACACAUCUGAGGCCAGUGUGCACUUUCUAGGAUAAAGUGUUUAUCUAGCCAUCAAUUAUAAUUUCUAUGUAGUAAUCUUGACCUGAAAUUAUUUUGUUAGUUAUAAUAAACUUUUAAAAAUGUUUUUUAUUUCCA